UCAACUCAGCAAAUUUGCUUAUGUGGCAAUGAGUUAACGAGGAGAGAGGUAGUAGUAGUAACUUAGCUAGUUACUGUAACAUCACAUGUCCCAAUGCAAUAUGAGUGUACAACCUAAUAAAUGAAGCUAUGCAUGUUACCACACUUAUGUUAUUACCCAUUAUGAAGAUAGUAAUAUAGUCUAGAAAUACGUGUAUGUUACUAGUGUAUGUUACUCUCCAUCAUGGGUCUGCUUGGAUGCUUGGUUGUCUUGAUCGCACUUUUCAAAGGAGGAAAAAGACUUUCUCUAUCUGGGAACAAGGCAAAAGAAUGUGCUAUAAAGUCAAUAAAACUACUGCUAUAUGGUAAGAAUUGUGUAGGAGACAGAAUUGACACGAGAUGCGGCUCAAGCCUGUAUCCGUCGUCUCCUUCCUCGUUCUGCUCCUCUUCCACUUCUUCGCCGGCGGUGAUGGGCACUUCAUCUACAACGGCUUCGCUGGUGCGCGGCUCGACCUGGACGGCAUGGCCGUGGUCGAGCCUGACGGCAAGCUCGCGCUCACCAACAUCACGUCCCAGCUCAAAGGCAGCGCCUUCCACCCGACGCCCCUCCGCUUCCACGAAACCAACGGCACCGUCGCACGGUCCUUCUCGACCACCUUCGUGUUCGCCAUUGUCACCGACCUGGUCACGGUGGGCGGUAACGGCCUCGCCUUCUUCGUCGCGCCCACCAAGAACCUGUCCAUGGCGUCGCCCAGCCAGUUCCUCGGCCUCUUCAACCCCCAGAACAACGGCAACGCGAGCAACCACGUCUUCGCCGUCGAGCUUGACACCAUCCUCAACCCGGAGUUUCGGGACAUCAGCAGCAACCACGUCGGCGUUGACGUGAACGGCCUGGCAUCCGUCGUGGCCGAACCUGCAGGCUACUACGACGACACUGGCGAUUUCAAGAACCUGACUCUCAUCGCCGGCGAUGCCAUGCAAGUUUGGGUGGACUACGACGGCCGAUCCACGGUGCUCAACGUGACCCUCGCGCCUGUGGAGGCUCCCAGGCCCAUAAAGCCCCUCAUCUCCGUCACCGUCGACCUCUCGCCGGUGCUGAACGGUACGGCGUACGUCGGCCUCUCGUCGUCGACGGGGCCGUUCCGCACGCGCCACUACGUGCUGGGCUGGAGCUUUGCGCUGGACGGGGCAGCGCCGCCGCUCGACUACUCAAACCUCCCCAAGCCGCCCCGCAUCGGCGACAGCAAGCGACGGUCCAAGGCGCGCGACGUCAUCCUUCCGGUGGCCACUCCGAUCCUCGCGCUCGCGGUGGUCGCCGGCGUCUCUCUGGUCGUGUGGCGGCAAUUGAGGUACGCGGAGCUGAGGGAGGAGUGGGAGGUGGAGUUCGGGCCGCACCGGUUGGCGUACAAGGAUCUGUACCGCGCCACCGGCGGCUUCGACGGCAAGCACCUUCUCGGCGUGGGCGGGUUCGGGAGGGUGUACAAGGGCGUGCUCCCGGCGUCCAAGAAGGAGGUGGCCGUGAAGGUCGUCGUGUCGCACGACGACGCGAAGCUGGGGAUGAAGCAGUUCGUCGCCGAGGUUGUCAGCCUCGGCCGCCUCCGGCACCGCAACAUCGUGCAGCUGCUCGGCUACUGCCCGCGCAGAGGCGAGCUCCUCCUGGUUUACGACUACAUGCCCAACGGCAGUCUGGACAAUUGGCUGUACGACCGGAACGCGACGCCGCUGGGCUGGGCGCAGAGGCUCAGCGUCAUUAGAGGCGUCGCGUCCGGCUUGCUCUACCUCCACGAGGACUGGGAGAAGGUGGUGGUGCACCGGGACAUCAAGGCGAGCAACGUGCUCCUGGACGGCGAGAUGAAGGCGCGGCUCGGCGACUUCGGGCUGGCCAAGCUGUACGACCGAGGCACCGACCCGCAGACUACCAGCGUGGUGGGCACCAUGGGUUACCUCGCGCCGGAGCUGGCGUGCACGCGGCGGGUCACGCCGGCCACGGACGUGUUUGCGUUCGGAGCGUUCGUGCUGGAGGUGGCCUGCGGCCGGCGACCCAUCGAGCACGGCGCGGCCGACGAGAACCGGCUGGUGCUCGCGGACUGGGUGCUCGAGCGCUGGCACAACGGGGACGUCACGGACACGGCGGACCCGCGGCUCUGCGGCGCCUACGAUGUCGAGGAGGCCGCGGCGGUGCUCAGGCUGGGCCUGGUGUGCUCCCACCCGGCGCCCGCCGCGAGGCCGUCGAUGCGGCAGGUGGUGCAGUACCUUGACGGCGACGUGCCGAUGCCCGAGCCGGCGCCGACGUAUCGGAGCUUCACCGCGGUGGCCUUGAUGCAGAACGCCGAGGGCAACGACUCCUACGUUGCCUCAUACCCGUUGUCUUCGGCGACUAGCGUCGGCGCAUCCUCUCUUCUCUCCGGGAGGUGAUGUUCGAAGGCCGAUCCCUGCCUCUCUGGCAACAACAGGGAGUACGCUGCCAGGGAUCACAACGUCUUCUGAUCCUUUUUUUUUGAGAUGAACAUCUGCUGAUCCCUGCAACAUUUUUUUUUAGAUAGCAAACCGCUCAUACCAAGCGCACUGCACGGUUUCAUCCAGCACGUCAAUCGAACCGGCAGGCAGUACGUGAGAUAGUUAGCAUGAUUGUUAACGGAUUUUCGGUAGACAAUUUGUGAGUCAUGAAAUGUUUUAGGGUUUUAAGUGACAAAAAAAUGUCUUUGUUUAUUGGGAAAAGGGCGGCGCAUGGGUGAUUCAAUCUCCGGGGCAUAUCGUACAUGAUCUUCACCCGCCACCUCCACCAUUAGGCCCGGAUCCUUCCUCGCUUCCACUCGCUGUGCUUGGGGUGAUCAAAGGGAGCCCUUGUGUCUCUAACCGCCAUUGGAGCGCAUGGGGUGAGUUAGGGUUCGUGUCCUAGGAGGCCGGCGGAGAUGGAAAGCUCGGGCGAGAAAGGGGGAGGUGCAAGGUGUCAAAUAGCAGUUGGAGAGAAUGAAUCUGUCGGAGAAGGAAAGCACGAAGCUUGUGAUCGAUUAUGAUCUAGAGGAAGGAGGAGUUGUGCCAGAGUGGAUGUUGUUAGGGAGAGUUCUCUCCACCGCAGGGUUUUGCAUGUUAACACUAUCGCGGAAGCCCUUCAAGUUGCAUGGGGAAACCCAAAGGGGUUGAUCUUCAGUUUUGUACAUGAGAACACGUUCGUUGCAAUUAUGGAUGGCAAGAGGGACCAAAAGAUGGAAUCUAGGAGGGUGGUCCUUGGAUGGUUGGGAAA